UUUACUGAGGCGCCGCCGACGCGCCUCUCUCUCUCUCCCGCCGGGCUCUCCGGCCUCUGCGCGGCGCCCUCUCGCCCGGCCAGCCCGGGCCGGGCCCUCCGGCUCCCGGGACGCCGACGCCGCCCCCCUCCGCUCCGGCGCCUGGACGGGGCACCGGGGCGCGGCGGGCCUCGGGGCCGGGAGGGAGGGAGGGGGGGCUGUGCGGCCGCCGCCCCCUCCCCCCCAGGCGGCGCCCCCUCCUCUCCCCCCCCCGCCCGUGGUGCGUCGCGGGGGGCGGGGCAUGCGGGCGGCGACCCUCCUGGCCUGGCUGCGGCCGGCGCUGCCGCUGCUGCUGGGCCUGUCGCUGGGCUGCAGCCUCGGCCUCCUGCGCGCCUCCUGGGGCCAGCCCGACCCGGACCCCGCCGCCGCCGCCUGCCCGGGCCCCGCCGCCCCCGCAGGCCCAGGCCCGGAGGCAGGCGGCGCCGGGGGGCGGCCGGGCCCGGACCCCGCCCAGGAGGAGUUCCGCCCGCGCAUCGUGCCCUACGCCCGCGACCCCAGCAAGCCCGCCCGGAAGGUGCUCAGGACGCGGUAUGUGCAGACGGAGCUGGGUUUCCGGGAACGUCUCUUCGUGGCGGUGCUGAGCUCUAAGGCUACCCUGAAUACUUUGGCUGUGGCUGUCAACAAGACUGUGGCCCAUCACUUCUCUCACCUGCUGUACUUCACAGGCCUGCGCGGCGCCAAGGCACCGCAUGGCAUGACCCUGGUGUCCCAUGGCGACGAGCGCCCCGUCUGGCUGAUGUACGAGACAGUGCGCUACAUCCACCAGCACUUGGGGGCCGACUACGACUGGUUCUUCGUCAUGCAAGACGAUACCUAUGCCCGUGCUGAGCAGGUGAAGGCCCUGGUUAGCCACCUCAGCAUCAACCAGGACGUCUACCUGGGUCGGGCAGAGGAGUUCAUCGGAGGGGAUGAGCAGGCCCGGUAUUGCCAUGGGGGCUUUGGCUAUCUUCUUUCUCGCAGUCUGCUGCUGAAGCUGCACCCCUACCUGGACAGCUGUCGGAACGAAAUCCUCAGCGUGCGUCCAGAUGAAUGGCUGGGGCGAUGCAUUGUGGACUUCCUGGGCGUCAGCUGCGUGUCAGAACAUCAGGGCCAGCUUUACCUGUCCUAUGAACUAGCCAAGAAUGCAGACCCAGAGGAGGAGGAGGGGCAAGGCUUGUGGGGGGCCCUGGCGGUGCACCCCGUCUCUGAGGCUUCCCUCAUGUAUCGCCUACAUAGGAGGUUCAGCAGGAUCCAGUUGGAGAAGACUUACCUGGAGAUUGAGCAGCUGCAGGUGCAGAUCCGAAACCUGACUUCUUUAAUGCCAGCAGGGGAGGCAGGACUGGCAUGGCCCAUUGGCAUCGGUGCCCCCUUUGUGCCCAAGUCCCGCUUUGAGGUGAUUGGCUGGGAAUACUUCACCGAGCAGCACUUGUUCUCCUGCCCCAGCGGGGCCCCGAAGUGCGAGCUGGUGGGUGCCAGUAAGGCUGACGUGGGUGACAUUGUGCAAGCAGCCCUGGAGCAGCUGAACCGCCGCUACCAGCCACAGCUGCGCUUCCACAAGCGGCAGCUGCUGAACGGGUACCGCCGCUUUGACCCCACUCGGGGCAUGGAGUACCAGCUGGAUCUCUUGCUGGAAGCCGUCACCCAGAAGGGCCACAGCCGCCUCCUGGCCAAGCGGGUGAGCCUGGUGCGCCCUCUUAGCAAGGUGGAGAUCAUCCCCAUGCCCUAUGUGACGGAGGCCACACGGGUGCAGCUGGUGCUGCCCCUCACCGUGCAGGAUCGGGACUUUGUGGGAAAUUUCCUUGAUACAUUCGCGAUGAAUUCCCUGGACGCGCACGACAAUGCCUGGCUCAUGCUGCUCUUCGUCUACGACCCGUACGACGCCCAGCGAGUCAGUCAGGUGGACGUUUUUGCUGAAGUCAAGGCCAUGGUGGCCGAGCUGGAGAAGCGUUAUGCGAACGUCAAGAUCCCCUGGGUCAGCGUCAAGACAGAGGUCCCUUCCCAGGUGAAGCUGAUGGACGUGGUCUCCAAGAAGCACCCUGUCGACACCCUCUUCUUCCUGGUCAGCGUCUGGACAGAAGUCACGGGGGAGGUCCUGAACCACUGCCGCAUGAACGCCAUCAGCAACUGGCAGGUCUUCUUCCCCGUACACUUCCAAGAGUUCAGCCCCGUGCUGGCCUACCGAGGUGAGCAGGCCUCUUCCUCGUCCUCCAGCACAGACUUCUUGAGGGAUGGGCACUUUGACCGGCACGUCUUUGCCGAGGCCUGCUUCUACAACUCAGACUACCUGGCUGCACGCACAAACCUGGCUGCGGACAUCCUGGACAGGGACGAGGCGUUGGAAGGCAUGGAGGUCUCGGAGGUCUUCCUGCGCUAUUCUGAGCUGCACCUCUUCCGGGCCGUCGAGCCAGGGCUGGUGCAGAAGCACGCGCUCCGGAGCUGCGACCCACGGCUGAGUGAGGAGCUGUAUCACCACUGUGUCCUCAGCAACCUGGAGGGGCUGGCCUCGCGCUCACACCUCGCCAUGGCGCUCUUUGAGCAAGAGCAAGCGAACAGCACCUGAUGGGCGGGGGCAGCUCCAGCAAACCCCGGGGGAGGGGGGCUCAAAGGGUGGGGUUUUAUAGGAAGAGCGAUUAAAGUGAUGAG